AUAUUUGUAGAUGCUUUUAAUAUGUUGUUCCAUUUUUAUGUGUAUGUGUGUAUAGAGGAGCUGACCCCUCCACUAGAACUCCUCCAGAUGAUUGUGUCAUGGAUCAAGGACGACCCCCGCCUGGUCCUUAUCACAUUCCUGAACACACCCUUGUCCAGCAACCAGCAAGUCAGCUCACUCGACAUCACACCGCUAGGUGGGCUAGUUCGCUGGUGUGUUAAAGCGCCUCUGUCUUACAAGAGAGACAAGAAGCAGGCACUGGCCAACGUCAGCUCAGAAAACGAGCAAGACAUUAGUGCCCUUUUCUCUACACUUCACCUCAGCGUUUUGCAGGUCUUAAUGCUUUUGCCAAAUAUACUAAAUGAGAAGGGUCUUUUCGGCCGCCUGGCACUGCUUCAGUUGGACUCCCUGGCCGCGCUGACCUCCGAACUCUCCAGACUCUUAGACCAGGCUGAUAAACACACCCAUUCAUCGUCCGCAGACACACACUCGUUGUCCCAGCUGACAUUGGACAGGCUGGCACAGGCCUUGCAGGUCGCUCUGGCCAACGGAGCCCUCCUCUGCUCAAGGGGUAAGUGUGUAGGAAUAUGGAAGAGAUGGUCUGGACUACAGAUGUGUUACACAAUGACAGUACAUUAUUAACAAUUUUUAUGCAGAGCUCUUAUUGGUACCAAAUGUCUUAUUAUUACCAGUAUAUAAUUCUGUUUCCCAGUUUGUCCACUAGAUGGAGACUGUAACCUUUUUC